AAUUAUACAUAUAUAUUAAUCUCCAGCUUAGACCUGCCCUUCACGUUAACGCAGCAACCUUUUGCGCAGAUGUCCAACCGGCCCCUUCUGCAGUCCCGGGCGCAGUGCCUAAGGCGGUGCUGCCCGCCUGCUGCUCCUCGGAGUCGUUUGCAUACGAUUGCAGCGGCUGCGACUGUUGCUGGCGAGCGCCGGUCAAAGGCUAACAUUGACUGGGACACCCUUGGCUUUGGUCUGAAGGAUGUCGCAGGGUCAAUGUACGUCUCGGAGUGGACGCAGGACAAGGGGUGGGACCAGGGCAAACUAGUGCCGUACGGCCCCAUCACCAUCAUGCCCAGCGCUCAGGUGCUCAACUAUGGGCAAGCCAUCUUUGAGGGCAUGAAGGCGCAGGAGAGCUCUAAGGGCCGUGUGGUGGUCUUCCGGCCGGACCAGAACGCAGCUCGCUUUAAGGCCGGCGCCGCUCGCAUGAGCAUGCCAUCCGUGCCCGAGGAGCAGUUCGUGGAGGCCGUAAAGGCCACCGUGGCCGCAAACCUUGACUAUGUUCCCCCCAUCGGCAAGGGCUCGCUGUACCUUCGGCCGCUGCUGCUGGGUACUGGACCCAUCCUGGGUCUGGGCCCCGCGCCGUCCUACACCUUUACCAUCUUUGCAGCGGCUGUGGGCGCCUACUUCAAGGGCGGCCAGCUGACCCCCAUCGACCUCCUCGUGGAGGAGCGCUUCCACCGGGCGGCACCGGGCGGCAUGGGCGGCACCAAAGCCGCGGGAAACUACUCUCCGGUGUUGGUGACGCAACUGGAGGCCAAGAAGAACGGCUUCGCUGACGUUGUCUACCUGGACGCCAAGACGGACACGUACCUGGAGGAGGUCUCUUCGUGCAACAUCUUUGUGGUCAAGGGCCGCACGAUAAAGACGCCGCCAUUGCAGGGCACCAUCCUGCCAGGCGUCACCCGUAGAUCGAUUGUCGAGUUGGCCCGUAGCCGGGGGUACGAUGUGCAUGAGGAGCCCGUGACAGUGCACGAGGCCAUGGAGGCCGACGAGGUGUUCACCACCGGCACGGCCGUGGUGGUCUCCUCGGUGGGCUCCAUGACGUACCGCGGCCAGCGCAAGCAGUACACGGAGCCCGGCCAGGCGGGCAAGGUGGCGCUGGAAAUGUACGCCAACCUCACCGACAUCCAGACUGAGCGUGCUGAAGACAAAUUUGGCUGGGUAGUGCCCAUCAACUAG